CCGAUGAGUGACUUUAGCAACAAGGAUAUAUCGCGGAACAGUUUGGGAAAUACUUUUUUAUAAUUUUCUAUGCGGGUGCUGAAGUUGAUCAAAACUUUAACCCGUCUCUGUGUGUGCUGAACAACAGAGAGGCUACAUGCGCAUGUGAAGCCCCCCAAAACUGUCUUGGACUGGCGAAAACUGGAAACUUUAUAUCAACAUUGAAAGUUUUUAGAUCUUAACAUGAUUGGCUUAUUAUGGACAUCCUUGACGAGAGGUAUCUUUGCGGCGCUUCGCUGAACAUAGAAGUCACCAUCUGUGACAUGAUAUGAAACCGCUGAAGAGUAAACUUGUUUUGACGCAGCGUGAUGAAAUUACAGAAGCCCUAAUGAAGUCUAAUAUUGUUAAGAUUCAUUCUUCCUGGAAAUGGCAAGCCGUGCCAUAUUGAUGGCGCGGACUGCGGUUUUGAUAUGCACUCUAUUGAUCAUCAGUAUAUGUGUCGGAUCUCCUAACCACAGCCGUCGGCUUGUCUGCUGGAAAGCCAUCCUGAAGUGCCACGGAGAGCCGGAGUGCCAUUACGCUUAUGACCAGUACAUUUAUGCCUGCUCAUCUGUCAUCAAUGGGGAACGUAAGAAGUGUCCCAGUCACUGCAUAUCCUCUCUCAUUCAGCUCAAUCUAACCCAAAGCGGCCCGGCUCUGGAGGACUGCGACUGCGCCCUGGAUCCGGUCUGUAGGAGCACCAAACAAGCCAUCGAGCCAUGCCUGCCGCGGACCAGCACCAUGGGCUGCACCGAGGCCCGGCGGCAGUGUGAGAUGGACAUGUCGUGUAGCUCUGCUAUGAGGGAUUAUUUAUUUCAAUGCCGAAAACUUUUCGGAGGGGAAAGGUGCUCGGAUGGGUGCCGCAGAGUAAUAGCCAACAUGCGCUCCAUACCGAAAGCGCAACAGCUAGACACUUGUGUGUGCGAUGGCACGGAGAGGAACAUAUGCGAGUACAUAAAAGUCAGCAUGAAAACGUUCUGCUCUGAUUCUAGUGAUAGGUUCGCGGGAAGCGGCCUCUCAGACUCGGAGGAAGAUUCUGAUGAUGAUUAUUUCGACCAGGACGAAUAUCAAUACGUGGAAAACUCGAGUGACUCCCCACCUUGUCAGGCUGUGCUAAAUGUCUUCACCACCAUUUUGGUUUUAUCCAAAUUAAUCUGAACAGCUGCUUCAAGAAUGACUAGAAAGUCAGUAGUCUUGCUCACUGUGAAUCAACAACAAACAUCAGGGGCUUUUAAAUUCAACCCUAAAGUUUCUGCUACAGAUCUUUGCAAAUGCAUACAAUUAAGAUAAUUUUCUUUUUGUGUAUCACUCAUGUCAAAAGCAUGCAGAUGAGGGUUUAUGGAUCAGAUUAAUAGCAUUUGUAGCCUAGUUAUAUUUCAGUUACACAUUCAAAAAUGUCCUGAUAAUUCUGAAGGAGCCUAUUUUUGUAAAUCAGCUAUAUAAAGAGUAUAUUGUAUAAACUUGUUUUUGUCAAAAUAUUUGUUUAUGAGUGACAAGAGAUUUGCACUGUAUGAAUAGGUGAGUCACACACUUUUACUGCGUUAUAACCAUGGAGAAAGGAAAAAAUGUUUUGUCUGAAAGUGCCUAAAAGUCUUUAUACUGGUUUUAAUGGCCAUGAUGUGAUCAUAUCAGAGGCAUGCUGUGAACACACAGCAGUUUUCUUUUACCAGCUGUUCAGAGACUUUUUCUCCACAACCCCUUCAUUACAAACCAAAGUUGAUGAAAGCCACUGAAAUGUGUCUUAAUCCUAGAGCAGAUAAUGCAAAACAAGUGAUACACUUGACCUUGUAGGUGUCAAACUGGUGUUUGUUAUAAAGUGUUAAUUCUUGAAAACUGUUCAAACAGAUGAGAGAAAGGUAAACUCCUCCUCUUAGGGGAUUUGCAGCAUAAACAGAGCCAAGUAGCGUUUGCUCAGUUUGUUUAUCCUCACCCCAUGUGUUUUUUAGAAUUCUUCACAAAGACACACUGAAAAAAAAAAGAUGUCUGUGUUUGGGUGACUGGAGAUAUUAAGUGUCCAUUAUGAACAUAAUCCUCUGAGUGUAC